AUGUGGCCCUUCCUCAGCCGCGCCCUCUUCCCUCCCCCUACUGAGGCCUGGCUCCAGAGGGCGUCCUCAGACCCCGAGGCCCAGGGCUGCGGGGCCUGGAGCCCGGCCGAGAAGACCCGUCUGGGUCCGGGGGCUGGCGGGGAGGAGGAGGAGACGGGGGAAGCUGAGGAAGACGAUGAGGAAGAUGCCGGCUUCCUGCUGUCUCUCUUGGAGAGGGAGGGCCUGGCUGAGUGCCCAGUGCCUGACCAGGAGCUAGAGGCCAUCAAACUGAAGCUGUGGGCCAUGGAGCAGGCCCAGGGGCCGGAGCCGCCCAUGGUGCAGGAACUGGAUGAAGGAGAGGAAGCUGCUGGGGCCCUGCUGGCCAGGCAGUUACUGAGUCCCGAGACAGACAGCCCCCUGGAGAAGGCAGCGGCUGACCACAGAUCCGUCUAUGUGGGCAAUGUGGACUAUGGGGGCACGGCCCAGGAGCUGGAGGCCUAUUUCAACCACUGCGGGGAGAUCCACCGGGUCACCGUCCUGUGCGACAAGUUCUCUGGACACCCCAAGGGCUAUGCCUACAUAGAGUUUGCCACCGAGAGCUCGGCCCAGGCCGCUGUGGAGCUGGACAAGAGCAUCUUUCGAGGCCGGGUCAUCAAGGUGCUGCCCAAAAGGACCAAUUUACCAGGGAUCAGUUCCACGGACCGCGGAGGCCUUCGAGGACACCCAGGCGCCAGAGUGGGAUCCUUCCCCCACAGCAGCCUCCAAGGCGGGGCCCAUUUCAGACCACGAGGGCAGAGCCGGGGACGCGGAGCACUCCAUGACGUGUGCACCGGGAAUCCUGUUUCUAUGCUACUGUCAAGGUACAUCUGA